AUGGUUGAAGUUUCUCUCUCUGCCAUGGCGUGGUUGUGCGUCCUCUUCAUCCAGGUGCUCGUUCACAUCAAAGUAGUUUACCUGCGGAAGCGCCACGAUGACGAUGAUCAUCUCACGGCAGCGGAGGGAGAGCGAUUGGAAUCAGAAACGGUGGAUGCGGCCAACAGUGAGACGAUUGAAGAGACGCUUCUCACCAGAUCCUUCAGUGACCCGGCGAUGGAUGAUGAUUUUGACGAUGACGACGAUCCUCCAAACUUGAAGCAUCGAUUGUCUCAAACGGGCUCAGAGAUGAUGAGCAGUUGUAAAUCCUUGGAGGCCAUCGUGCAAGAGUACAUGAAUCAAGAGGCAACUCUGGCCCAAUGA